UAUGAAAACAGCCGACCUCCGAUUGCCUUUGCCAGAUCCCUGCCGUUUGCAUAUGAAUUAACGUCUUCGACGCCAUACGCUCCCUCCUGUUGCAGGCUGUCGGGGGCGCAACUGCCCCCACGAGGACUUUGCGAUCGUUGAGGCGAUAUUUUGCAGUCAUAGCGACUGAGACAAGUCUCGGGGCACACGCAAAGAUGGCCCCGGCCGUAGUACAGAAUGGUAAUGGGGUACCACAAGAGAAUGGGAAACGGAGGAAACUGCAUGGGCGCGCUUUCUACGAGAGCAUCGGCAGCCCGAAGCUUGUAUUGGCGCCCAUGGUCGAACAGUCAGAGUUCGCAUGGCGGAUGCUGUCACGUUCCUUCCUCCCACCAACCCAGCAGAACGCCCUACUAGCAUACACGCCAAUGUUUCACUCGAAGAUGUUCAGUGAGAAAAGCAACUACCGCGAUACACACUUCCAACCUCUCAAAUCCACAAUUCCGUCACCCGUGGACGAGUACCACAUGUCACAAUUGCAAGAGGAGGAAAGACAUCUCGAUGGAAAUCCCUCGUUCGACAGACCGCUCACAGUGCAGUUCUGCUCGAACGACCCGAACGACCUACUGAAUGCGGCAAGGCAUGUUGCGCCCUUCUGCGAUGCAGUGGACCUGAACUUGGGCUGUCCGCAGGGAAUCGCGAAGAGGGGCAAAUACGGCGCCUUCUUGCAAGAGCAACCGGAUUUGAUUGCGAGCAUGAUUCGGAAACUGCACGACGAAUUAGACGUCCCCGUUACGGCGAAAAUGCGAGUUCUCGAGACGCGGGAAAAGACACUGCAAUACGCGAAAACACUUCUGGACGCCGGCGCGAGCAUCAUCACCGUACAUGGCCGGCGGAGAGAACAAAAGGGUCACAAUACUGGUUUGGCGGACUGGACAAUGAUUCGCCACCUGAGAGAGAGUUUGCCCAAGGAGACGGUUAUCUUCGCGAAUGGAAAUAUUCUACAGCAUGACGAUAUUGCGGCAUGUCUAGAAGCAACAGGUGCUGAUGGCGUCAUGAGCGCAGAGGGAAAUCUUUACGAUCCAACCAUAUUCGCCGAGCCACCUCUACCAGGCCAAGAAGGACGAGAGUACUGGCGCGGACGAGACGGGAAGGGCGGGUACAGAAUGGACGCUGUGAUGAGGCGUUACCUGGACAUUAUACACAAAUAUGCACUGGGCCAGGAACCACCAGAAAGAAGACCGCUAUGGAUGCCAGGAGAUCCCGAAGAGCCACCAGCGCAAGAGCACGGAGCGGAAGAGGAAGAAGGGGAGGACGGCCCACCAAGGAAGAAGAGGAAGCAGAUGUCAAAGUCUGAGAAGAAGAAAGAAAAGACCUCGAAUCCGAACCUGACGGCUAUGCAAGCACAUCUCUUCCACCUCCUACGACCACUCGUCGCCGAACACCACAAUGUCCGUGACGCUCUUGCGCGAUCAAGAACGGGUGAUAUUGAUGCGUUCGAAAACGUGCUCACGCUUACGGAAAAAGCUGUCAAGGAGGGUAUCUCAAAGUACGAGCAUGAGCACGCCAACACUACAAACAGCACCACCUCUGAGCCCAAGCCCACCACCACCGAAGAGAAUGAAGCAGCAGUAGAAGAACUAGACCCUUACGAGUCCUCCCUCGCCACCGUCGCCCGAUGUAAACGCCCUUAUUGGGUCUGCCAGGCCUACGUACGACCGCUACCGAAAGAAGCCAUUGAGAAAGGAAGCAUGACGGUCAGUAAGAAGGAGAAGAAGAAGCUGGAACAGGAAGCUGAACAAGCUGUGCAAAAGGAUGAUGGAGAGGUCGAGGCUGUGGGCCUUGAGCCUGGUGGGAGGGUGGAGAAGGAGGGUUUAGGGAAUGGAGAGGUUGUGGAGGAGCCUAAGGAGGGCUUGGUUUGUGGAUAAAGGCUUGUGGGUUGGGAGGAGGGUGAGCUUGUGCAAGAGGAGAGAAGAGAAGAGAUAUACCCAAUGAUGAAUCAAGUGCAACGAGUAGGUCUGAGGAUACUAACCGUGUGCGCGUGCACUCGUAUUCUCUCUGGAGACGUAGUGAUUUUACAGUCUUGUGUAGGUGGUCCUUUUCUUCUUGCUUGUGUUGCUCUCACUCUCACAUCACUUACUUCUCGUCUUUUUCAAGUCGUUCUUUUCCUCGGUUUUUAGUGAUUCCAUUUUACUACUACAUUUCUGGACCUGGUGAGGCAGCUGUUGUCAGUCGUGCUUUCUGCGUUCUCUCACUGCUCACUUCCCUCAUCUGCAGAGAGCUCUCCGAGCUUUACAACUUUUUUAUUAUUCUCACGUCCCUCUCGCAAGGGACUGGUCAACAAACACUCGACUGGUUAACUCCACUAGAACAACGCUCAGUUCAAUCUAGCAUCUCGCCCC